AUGCUCGUUUCCGUCUGCUGGCAUCCGCUUCCAGAAAUGAAGAGUAUCCACCAUGAAGACGUCGCCUCAUCACCACCGCCCUCGUCCUCUUCCCUUCUGGACUCCUUUGAGAGUAGUUCCACCUGCCUCGCUUCGCCUCAAUCAGUUGCCAACAAGAACCACGUUCCUGCAUGUCCGCAGUGCGGAAAGCAAUUUGCCAACAUCUACCGUCUCCAGCGUCACCAACUCAGUCACACGGAGAGUGCUGAACUGAGGAAGUUUCGAUGCGACCAGUGCAGUAAGGCGUUUAAAUUCAAGCACCACUUGAAGGAGCACGUGCGAAUUCACUCGGGGGAGAAACCGUUUAUUUGUACAAACUGUGGAAAGCGGUUUAGUCAUUCCGGCUCCUACUCGAGUCACAUGUCGAGCAAGAAGUGCACGAUCGGUGCGUCCGUCCAGCCAUCCGGCUCCACCUCCCCCUCCACGGAGUCGCAGUCGUCAGAGAUGGGAGGUUUCGCGAGUUCAGCUUCCUCUGUGAUGCAUCGAGCUCGCUCUGUGAUACGACCGGAUCAAGCAAAUGUCUUGCGUGCCUUCUACCGCAUUAAUCAAAUGCCGACGGCAGCUGACCUCCAGCGGCUAGCUGAGACGGCAAAAUUACGGCCAAAGGUAGUCCGUAUAUGGUUUCAAAAUGCACGGUCACGUGAUCGUAAGGGAGAGGCAGAGUUGCAGGCGCUUGACGAAGACUCUCCGCUUGAUCUGUCCACCUCAGGUAGGCAGCGUUGCCUAGAGAGGUCAUCGCCACCAUCACUGUUUCCGCCACCUCCUCCAUCUCUACUGAUGCCACAGCUGAUUCACCCAUUCGUCCCGCAGCCGAUGAUUGAUCCAUUCUUCUUCAACGCACAGCACCUCGUCCAUUUGCUCUUUGAUCAAAUGCGACAAUUCCAUCAGCCCGAACUAAAGAUCGAGCCACAGCAACAACCCUGGCCCAUAUACUUCAACAGUUGGGAGCAGUCGAUGAAGGGCUUCGCAUCGAACGCGACACCAGCUGAGGUCUCGGGCCCCCUAUGUGCUACUUCUUCCAUGGCGUCUGAAACGCAUUCCCCCGAAGACACAAUGCUCCCCCACGAAACAGGAACCAGAGGCUCUACCGAGAGUUGUGAUGGCCGGGAGUCAUUGACAGAAAUGGAGAACGGGAACAGCGGGCAGGCAAGGUCGGCGAGCGGAGUCGCUGCGGGAACAAGGAACAAGUAUACCUGCGACCAGUGCAGCAAGGUCUUCUCCAAACACAGCUCCCUCGCGCGUCACAAAUAUGAGCACACCGGUCAGCGUCCGUUCUGCUGCCCAUUUUGUGCGAAAGCCUUCAAGCACAAGCACCACCUCACAGAACACGAGCGCCUCCACACCGGCGAAAAGCCCUUCAAGUGUCAGCGCUGUGGCAAACGCUUCUCCCACUCCGGGUCCUUCUCCCAGCACAUGAGCCUCCGCUACAAGUACUGCCACGCGACGCCCCUCCUCGACUCCUGA